UGACGAAACUGCACUAGAAUCAUAUCGCUUUAUAGAGGUCGGCGGAUUGUUGGAGAACAUUAGCGACAUCCCAAUAUCAGGGAUAAAGAGUCACACGUCUGCUCAUCCUUGUCUUUCACACACUGAACUUAUUUUGAUCACUUGAGACUAUUUUAUAAACGAACAGACUUAGGACCAAACAGAAGAAUUCCUUUAGGGGUAGUAUUACAAAUAAAGUAACUCGAUCUCAUCAUCAUUGGGACACACAGCGGAGGUCCGAAUAAAGCAGCGGGACAAGGACACCUGUAUCCGUCACAUAAGGGCCACUGCUGAAAAUUUAUCCUCAUCCAGAGGAGUGGAAACCCAAAACUUGAGCCAUGGGGGAUUAUUACGAGAUCCUGGGUGUGACGAAAAAUACAUCCCAUGACGAUAUAAAGAAAGCGUACAGAAAAAAAGCACUAAAGUGGCAUCCAGACAAAAACCCAAACAACAAAGAACAAGCUGAAAAAAUGUUCAAAGAGAUCUCGGAGGCAUAUGAAGUCCUGUCAGAUGAAAACAAACGGAGACAAUAUGAUAAAUAUGGUAAAGAAGGCCUAACUCGUAGAGGAGGCCAUUAUAACGAGGAUUUCAUGGGUGGGUUCACAUUCCGAAAUCCCGAUGAUGUCUUCAGGGAAUUCUUUGGAGGCCGAGAUCCAUUUGCAGAUUUCUUUGCUGAAGACCCCUUUGAAGAUUUCUUUGGUGGUGGGCGGCAUCAUAGGGGUGUGAGCAGGAGCAGAACGACGGGUUCAUUCUUUCCUGGAUUUUCUCCAUUUGGUUCCCCCUUUUCUGGGUUUGAUACAGGUUUCACCUCGUUUGGCCCAAUGGGUGGGGGUGGCUUGACCUCAUUUUCCUCCUCCUCAUUUGGUGGUGGUGGUGGAGGAAUGGGUAACUUCCGCUCUGUCUCUACAUCCACCAAAUUCAUCAAUGGAAAGAGGAUCACCACCAAACGUAUUGUAGAGAAUGGUCAAGAGAGAGUGGAGGUAGAGGAGGACGGUCAGCUCAAAUCUCUCACAGUCAAUGGUAAGGAGCAACUUCUCCGACUGGACAACAAGUGAUCUCUGAACUCUGCAGAAGAACAUACAAAACAUUUAAACCCAAACAUUCCUAACCAACCCUCCUAACCGGGCUGAUGGCAACCAAAACAUCUGCUCUCCACUAGUCAGUAAACCAGUAGGUCACAUGUGAUGCAAACACGCGAUGUGAGCUUUUAGGUGGUGCUCUUGCCCUCUGUGCAGUGAAUCGCAGACGUAAACAGGGUGAACUAUCAUUCCAAUAUAAGCAUUUUUCCAUUAUUGUUAUUACUAUUAUUAUUAUUAGCAUUUAUCCCUCCCAAAAACAGGAAACCUCACUUUGAACAAGCACAAUUCAUUCCUUUCUGUCAGCUGAUGGCCGUUCUUUUAUUCACAAGUGCUCAUUGCCUGAUCGAAACUGGAGCUUAACAGGUUGUAUCUGUGUUCUGCUGUAGAGCCAUUCAACUGUUUAAAUGUUGAAGUCUUAAGGGUUAGUUCACCCAAAAUUAAAAAUAAGAAGAAGAAAGUCAUAUACAUCUAGGAUGACUGGAGGUAAUUUAUGGGCUAAUUUUUAUUUUUGGGUGAAAUAACCCUUUAACCUCUCCACUUUGAAAUAUUUAUUUAUAUGAUCUAGCCAAUGUUAGUAGCCACCAUUUGUUUAUAAUAUUAAGUUGUUGAUUAAAUAGUUUAUCAUUUAGCUUCACACCUAACUGUUGUUUAACCUGAGACCUUUCCAUUAUUAAGAAUAAAUAUUGUAUGACUUUAUAUGCUGGACAUUUUGUUCUUUGUAAGACAAAAAGCAAAUAUGGACAAAGUUUCAGGUUCAAUAAAUCUCACUUUCACCUA